GCUCCGCCCCAGCCGGGCGGCCUACAGGCGCCGGCGGGCGCCGGCUCCAUCUGCCAGGGCGUGUUUAAAAGUCCAGGGGCCGAUCCAGGGGGGGCUGAAAGGGGCCGAGGGUGCCCUGCCGGUUGCAGGCGUUUCCACUGACCCUUUAGGGUUUACCCCGCGAUCGACAUCUUCCUCACAGGCAAGCGAGGCUUUGGGGCCUGUACUGGUCAGUGAAGGUAAAGAAGCCCAACCCAGCUGCUUAGGUUGAAAAGAUGGGAAAUGCAGAAAGCAAUGCCUAUCAGAAUCACCUUUCCAGAUUUCUUCCUGAGGAGCAAUCUGUCAUUGAUGGAGUAUUUGAUACCUUAUCAGGAUUGAGUGGCUCAGCUGGAGCAAAAAAUGGCAAAGGUACAAAGAAAACUGUGACUCUGGCAGCACUACAGGCGUAUAUGCGGGAGCCAUUACCAGAGCAAAUGACUGUUCGGUUAUACAACGGAAUGAAAAGUAUUGACCUGACUGGGAAAUCAUCUGGGCUGAGUGAACAGAUUGCUAAGGAGCAGUUUGUAAUUUUUAUGUCAAACCUCUUAAAAGGGAAUGCAGAUGAGAAGAUUACCAUAAUAAUGAGAAUGAUCUCCAAGACAGAAGGGCCUGUGAAGGGCAAACAAAUCCAAGAGUUCACAGAGGAUCUGAUCAUGUCUGUAGUCCGUGUACUGAGUUACAGGAAGGAACUGAAAGGUUGGAAUUCGGAGAAUACUAGGGAUUCUGCAAGUGGAGUAAAGGCUCUGGCUUCUCAGCUCCUAUCAGAAUUGAAGCUUGCAGAUGGGACAAAACCUGUGGGUCCUCAGCUAAUGGAGACAAAUUUUGAUCAAAGUGUCAUUGAGGAUUGGGUGUACAGAGUUCCACAGAUCUCAGUUUUCCUCAGUGUUGUUAUCAGGCAAGGCCUCCAUGUUCUGCAUUCUCUCCCAGACCAAACCAAAGACAUACUCAACCUGGUUCCAGCCUGCAAAGGCAUCAAAGGAAGAGGACUUGUCAGUCUCUUUGACAUCCCAUCUAUCAUAUACAUCAACUCCCUUCUGCCUGCAGAGCUACAGCACAAGUGGCAGCUUUUAUUUUCUUCUAGGCUUCACGGAGAAAGCUUUUCACAGUUAUGUGGGCAUAUAGUGAACAAAGGUCCUUGUGUAGUGAUCUUAAAGGAUUUAGAUGGUUAUAUCUUUGGUGGGUUUGCAUCUCACUCCUGGGAGGUGAAGCCACAGUUUCAAGGUGACAACAGAUGCUUUCUGUUUUCUGUUUUCCCCUCUCUUGCUGUAUACACAUACACAGGGUAUAAUGACCACUACAUGUAUUUGAACCAUGGCCAACAAACAAUGCCAAAUGGACUUGGUAUGGGUGGACAACAUGGGUACUUUGGACUCUGGAUAGACAGUGACUAUGGGAAAGGACACAGUAAAGCAAAACCUCGAUGUACCACCUACAACAGUCCCCAACUGUCAGCAAAAGAGGAUUUUACACUGGAUGCCGUGGAAGUCUGGGCAGUGGGAGACCUCCCUGAAAGUGCAGGGACAAAAGGUAAGAAGAGUAUCCUGGAUGUAGAUCCUGAGGCUCAAGCCUUUUUGGAAAUGGCUGGAAAAAGUCGUCAGAGCGAAGGUCUACGAGAACCCGUUGAAGAGGAGGAGGAGGAUGAUGAUUAAAACAACACAGUAACAUGAAAAACCUUUCUUGCUCCUGAAUGUUAAUGUUCCUUGGACAGGAUAUUUUUUCCUCUUUUUUUCCUUACAUUUACCUAACUAUCUGUGAUGAAGCUUAAGCCUCAUACUUAUGCAAUAUUUAGAUCCAAUACAGUAUACUGCCUGAAGGGUUUUGUUUGGGAGAACAGAAAAAUUAACUAGGUACUUAAUCAUUAGAUAUCUCCAAGUUCUAGCUCAAUAUGAAUUUGCUAGCAUUGCUGAUAGAUCCUGUCUGCAUACAGAAUUAAAAACAAAAGAAGUAGUUACUGACAGUACUGCUUAGUGUCUUGGAGAGUUGAUAUGUAUUUAUAUUAAGACUGUUCAAGACAUUAAGGCUCUUAUACCUCAACCGUACCUCUUUUUGCAUGCAAUGAAAUUAGUCAGUGAAGCUUGCAAAUUGUAAUGAUGUCUUACAUUGGUAAACAUAGUCUACAUGAUUUCAUAUGAAGGAUGCUAUUAAUUUGCAUUGCUCCAGUUAAAGCAUUAAAUUCCAUGUUUUGUAAGUCAGAUUUUCAGCAAGUGACUCUAUAUGGGCUGUAAGAUGUACAGAAUGCAAAGUAUAUGGUAUCCAGUUUUAUAAUACUGUACCUUAGUGCAUUACACUUAAGAUCUUUCUGUGUUAAUUUGCCUAUUGCUUUUUAAACUUAGAACAGUCAUUGGCAUUCAUUCAGCCAUAUUUAUCCUAAGAAUGGGCCAUACCUCCAGCAGAAAUGCUCUAGGGAAAAAUGCCUUCUUUAGUAGCCUCACUUGAGGCUAGAGUAAAAGAUCAGGCUGUAAAAAGGAUUAAGAAGCUCCCACAGUUAAUUGGGAAUAGUAUCUGCAGAUACAUUGUAAAAAAAAAAAAUCAGGGUUAUAUCUGUAACAUGUUCAAAGACUGCUGUAUACUUUAUUUCCACAUAACUAAUCAUUACUGUGUUAUGGAAAAAAUGCAAUGUGAAAUGGAACAAGUGGGUUGGGGUUUUUGCUCUUUUGUUGGCUGUUCAUCAGUCAAUGCCAGUUUUGUCAGGUCUCUCACACUCAGGGCUUUUUCUACUUGAAUCCAUUCACAUCUAUCAGUAACUAUUAGUUUGACCUUGCUAAUUCUGUAAUUAACUUGUCAAAAAUAACUCUAAUUUCUACCAGGGACUGUUAUUUUUAACUCAGCAGAUUACAUUUAGUUAUUUAGUUAUUAUUUCCUAAGGAAAAGGACUGUAUCAAAUCCCCUUUGUCCUAGCAUGAGUUCAUCUUCUAUGCAACUUAGCACAUUUUUUGCUCUGUAAGUCUGUAAAAUUACUGUGGUUCCUGAUCGUGUGACCUUCCCUCAAAUUAUUUCCCUUUGUAUCUUCUUGUAUGUGUUUGGUUUUUUCUUCACCUGUUGUUUUUCACAGGGAGCCAGAUUUGAAUAUUCUGAAUAAUCUGUACUUGUGCCUUAAUGUAGAUCCCAUUUUUAAAAAUGUCAUUAAACAAUAUGAAUUUAGCCUUGAAAGGAGAGCAUGAAGAAACCACUGCAGCCAGACAUCCUAGAACUCAGGUGCACAUUUUGUAUGCUACCUGAACUAAUGAUUGGGCAUAUAUGCUACCUGUUCCAGUACAGAGUAUGCUGUGAAAGGCCUGAGUUAAUGUCCUUUUAUCUUGUAUUUGCUUAAAUAAACCAGAUGAUAGUCUCCCAAGUUUGUAACACACAAAAAAAUGUAAGCAUUAAAACAAUUACACUGA